UUUAGCCACUUCCCUGGCUCUGCCUCCAAACAUGGAAGUGGGAAAACAUGCUCAAACUAGUCUUAAAGGUGAAACACAACAAAAACAACAACAAAAAACAGGAUAUGCUGGAAAGGGUCAUGAGCCACAACUCUUCUGCCUAGUCAGCACGACUGGUAUGGGUAAUGGUGUGAAGGAAGGUCAAGUGGGUUUAAAACAGAAUGGCGUGGAGCCAAUUGUACCCACCCAUGUUCUAUCUGAGGGGCGCCCGGAGAAAAGGAAAGUGAUCCACUCCCUGAUGUCUGGUGCAUUGGCUGGUGCUGUCGCAAAAACAGCAGUAGCGCCACUGGAUAGGACGAAAAUCAUAUUUCAAGUGUCUGCAAAAAGAUUUUCUGCCAAGGAAGCCUAUAGGCUGAUCUACCGCACCUACCUCACUGAGGGCUUCUUGAGCCUGUGGCGCGGGAACUCGGCCACGAUGGUCCGGGUGAUCCCUUACGCUGCCAUCCAGUUCUGUGCGCACGAAGAGUACAAGCAACUCCUGGGAAGCUACUACGGCUUUCAUGGAAAAACAUUGACUCCUUUACCCAGAUUCAUUGCUGGUUCGCUGGCAGGUACAACAGCUGCCAUGUUAACCUACCCCUUGGACCUGGUGCGAGCUCGGAUGGCUGUCACGCCGAAGGAGAUGUACAGCAACAUCCUCCACGUCUUCGUCCGAAUCUCCCGGGAAGAGGGGCUGAAGACCUUGUACAGGGGCUUUGCACCCACUAUCCUUGGGGUGAUCCCGUACGCCGGACUUAGCUUCUUCACCUACGAGUCGCUGAAGAAACUGCAUGCAGAUCAGAGUGGGAGAGCGCAGCCAUACCCCCUGGAACGUCUUGCGUUUGGUGCCUGCGCAGGCUUGAUCGGCCAGUCGGCCUCCUACCCUCUGGAUGUGGUGCGUCGGCGAAUGCAGACGGCUGGGGUCACGGGACACGUGUACGGUUCCAUCCUGCCCACCAUGCAAGAGAUUAUAAGAGAAGAGGGACUAAUCCGAGGCUUGUACAAAGGACUCAGCAUGAACUGGGUCAAAGGCCCAAUCGCAGUGGGAAUAAGUUUCACGACCUUUGAUCUUACCCAGAUCCUUCUCCGUAAAUUACAGUUCAGCACUAAUAUUGAAAGGUAGUGGCGUCCUUCCCAAGUGUAACGGGAGAAGUACAGUGGAAGUGUGUGUGUCUAACAAACCCUAGCAUUGUCCCGUUCUGUUAGUGCUGCCCCCACGGCUGAGACUUUACUUUCUGUUUUUUUUUCUUCUUUUUAACAAGCCUCCGAGUUAUCGCCAAACCCAGACAUGCAACUAACCUUCUUCCCAGGGUUCUCGGUGACAGCGGAGCUGCCUUAUCUAGGGUAGCUGCCUCCUUGUGUCUAACUCUUUGAUACACACUAAGCUAUUGCUGCCUUCUCUCCUGGGCUCGGUGGGUUGAUGAGGUGGUGUGGAUUAUAGAAGAGGGGCUGCCAUGCUGCCUGGAGCUGGAAAUCUGGGAGGUGAAAGGUGUUCCUGCCAGGCAGUUCUUAGUAACUACACAAUGGUAAGCACCCUGGCAAGCAGUAUUUCAGUUUGUCUGCAAUGAACUGCACAUGUGAGUUGAGAGGGUUAAUCGCCUUUGAAAUGAAACAUCCAGGAUUUUAGUUUUUUUUAUUUUAAAACCAUUUUUACUCCAAAAUUUGGAGGUAAGCUCUGGCAGGAAGUGUGGAAAUGUUCCUCCCUUCAGAUAUCACUCGUUCUGGCUUUACUUUGUAUUCAGCAAAACAUCCCACCUCAGCAAUGCCCCUUUCUAAAAUCAGCAGAGACUGAGAGUUAGGAGAUCAGCUUUCAAUCUGGAAUUCCUGUACCUGUGGUCGUAAACUGGAUUCACGUGAAACAGUAUUGCUUUCAGGCUACUUUAAAAACCUCUCUAUCCGGAGUUGUAUUUUUAAAAGCAGCAUUUUCAGAAGGAUAUAGCAGCUUGCAGUAUUAAGACUGGAGAUUAAGAGGGGGGAGUGUUACAUGCUCAAAGUUUUAACCAAUAGCUUUCAUUACUGUGGUUGUUGCUUAAACUGCAAUGUGAGAAUAAACUCUGCGGGGGGCACACCUAUGAAUAACCUUUCAAGGUGGCUGUUUUGAAUGGGGUCAAUCUCCUCUUUAUCUAAAGCUGCUGGCCCUGCUUUGGAACACCCUUGGUGCGCACACGCUCUGUAGAUCGUGUCGCCUCAGCUGAUUAACUUUGAUUUCACUAGCUUAUUCUUAGAAUUAUUCUGGACCAACUUGGCUCGUAGAAAAUAGACCCAGUUUGCCAAGAGUCACAUAAUUGUCACCCACUGGGGAUCGUGCCAGGUGUGCCAGUCCUUCCCAGCUGCAAGUAUGAAAUGAACCCCAAGGCACCUCUUUGAGUGUGGCAGGUCAAUGGGAACCAGAGCUUUGAGAGACUUGGAAGGGUGAGUGGCUUUAUUUUAAACUUGGAGCACCAGACAGAUGGAAGAAUUGUCCAGCCUUCUCAAAUGACCCCAAUGUCUCCCCGCUCCCAGGCAGUAUACCCUUCUGCUGCUUGUGGGGAGCAGAGGGUGUAAAUAGGUUGUCGUUAAAAUCUGCCCCUUCCUGACAGAUGUUCAUUAUUGUUCAAACUUUGUAUCGAGUUCAUUCGCCAGAAUGAAAAUAAUUGCAAUUGGUAAAAUUAAACCCCUCUUUUCUUUAGUCUUUGCACUCUCUCUCUUUGGAGCAGAACCUGCCUCUAAUGCCAGAUAUUUUCCUAGUGAUUAAUGAGAAGCACCUACUCUGGCCCUGGGUUCUUUAUCCUCCUGUGGGAUUGGCCAGAGUGUCUAGAUCCUGGAGUAUUGGUGUGCACGUUCUGCUCGAAAGUGUAGUGUCAGUAUUGUGCUACCAGCAGGCGCACAGAUAGACACCUCACAGAGGUUAUGUCCUGACACUUCUGGCUUAAAGGCGAUAUCCAGUGUAAACUCAGUCUGGUCACGUCAGCUAAGUACAAAGUAAUUGAAUUUUAAAAAGAUUUUUAAGAAACUGGAAACUCUUGUGACAGAUGAUACAAACGAGCCUAAAAGAACAGCCCUCGCCAUUGGUGGGAGGCGAGUCCAGCCAGCGUCAGGUGAGCGAAGUUCUUUAUAUUGGUGGCAGGCACCUUUGCACGAACUCUGACGCUUUCCUUUCCCCAGUGGAAAAGCUGGUUACUUCUCGGUCUUUCUCCCCAUUAUUGGAUGGGGCUUAGGGGAAGGGGAAGGGGAGGGUGUGUCAAGAUGGCAGCAUGACGCCCUGAAUGGAGAUCCCAGAGCAGUGGCACUUCUAACCGCUGUCAGGCUCUCCAUGUGCGGAGACUUCCUGUGCGGCGGGUGUGCCCUGGCAGAGGGUGCGCGAGAGGAGACUCCCUUGUCUGCACCGUGGUCAGGGUUAGACGGCAUCCUGCUGGGCGGUGACGUGACCACUAGAGGGGGUCGCCCAACUCGGCAGACAGCGAAUGAGCUGCACCUGCCGUUUGAAGACGGACUCUCAUUUAGGGGCCUGAUCCUAUGUCCUGAACCCCCUCAGCCCACCCCUGCAGUCAGUAGCAGCGGCGUGUGCGCAGUUCCUUGUAGGACUCUGCCUCUGGCAAAAGGGGAUGCGUCCGCGGGGAAAGCCCCAGACUCCGAAAUGGAACCGAGUCCUUCUGAGACAUCUUCCCUGAGACAUCUCCUCCCCCCCAGCCCAUUGUAUUAAAUGUGAGCACUGGUCUGAAGAGAGCCUGGCACCAGAAGUCCUGAUGGGCUGCAGCCUUCAGCCACGUAGCUCCUGGGGGUGCCCACUAGGAUAGGAGUGAGAACAGUGCAAGGGUGGUGAGAGCUGCCUGUCUAGAAGCCUGGGGUGUCUGUACCAAAACCUUCAAGGCAAGAAGGGAGACUCGAGGGCAGUGCCAGUGUGGAAGUGCUGGACCCAGAGGGGUGAAGAGGGGUUUUUUGUUGUUGGCACUGCAGCUAAUUUAAAAACCUCUUUUAGCCAAACCUUUUCCCCGACUGUGUUUAGUCCAGACGCAGACCUGAUUUCAGUCUAACCAUGUUGGCAGUGGGCUUUGGUUUCUUGAACAAUAGGGUUCUUAAAAUAACUGUGUGUGUUGUGUAUGUUUUAAAUAGCUGGUUUUCCCCCUGUUGGAUGUACAAGGGGGGAACCCAAAGCGCUUAAUGCUUUUAUUUUUCUUGCACGAAUUAAAACUUGUUCCAAAUCGGCUGCCUGAAAUGCGGGACCCUGAAGCUUCUGUAGCGUGCUGGGUAGAAGGGGACGGUGCCAUGGUGUGUAAUGGAAUGACCUUCAUUUUGGUCCAGGAAUCUCCCAUGAGUCUGUUCUGUAUCCCUCAGAAAGGAGACAAGUCCCAUGUAAAUCUUUUCUCUUUCUCCCCUCCCGUUUCUGUGGAAUUGUUGACCAUCUGACCCCAAAUUGUGUGACUCUCUUUAAAACUAGACUAGUUAGCAGUCAAACACUGUUCAUUUGCGUUUCCUUCCUUCAGCUCCCCUCUACCAUAGUCGAGCGCCCUGGGUCCACCACUGGCUGUUUGGGGAAGGCAGGUCUGAUGGAGAAUAUAUAACUGGUACAAGUGCAGGUUCGAUGCUGGUUCCCAGGACAGUCCAGCAUCGGAACCCUCCUUGUUGAAUGCCGUGGGGAGAGGUCUCAUUUCUAAUGAAGAUUAGAUACCAGGGACGCGUGUUCCUUUGGAAAGUCCUUGAGUAUCGUUUGUCCAGUGUGAUUCCUUCCCCUCCCCGCUGGAUGUGAAAUGGCAGCUCCUCCCAGUGUGAACUGGUUGCUGCCUGGGUGGAGAACACUGGGGAGCUGGCUCUUUUCAGAGAGUCCUGAGGGCCAGGUAAGGGGCACUAGUGUGGGAAGCUGGGGAGGCUUUCCAGCAGUGGGGCAAGGCAGAACUUAUCCAUUUGGUGCAGACCCCUUGCUGCCACUGGGAGUCCUCACUGAUCCCUGGACACAUGCCCCAAGCAGUCUUCUCUGGGAACACAUGGCCGCAGGGCCUGAGAGUGCCGAGACAGGCCAGCAGCAACCAAGGUGGAAGGCAGAUGUCUGCGUGCAGAGGACUCUGGGGGGGAAGGGGAAUGCUGAGGUGCCUUGGCACUUGUAGAAGUUCACCAUCAGUGGAAGUCAUGAGGGUGACAGUCCCUGCAAAGCAGGCAGUGGAGUGGGAAUAUCCAUUGAUACUUUCAUGGUAAUUUUUAGAAGCCCAGUCUAGCAGCUGGUCUGAGGAAAUGAUGGUACGUCUAACUUCACCUGACAGCCGUCGGCCUGGCAGUGCUUAAGUAUUACAGGUCUUGCACUGUGGUUGCUUUAACACAGAAGCAGUCAGUGCAUUUCGGAAGAAACUUUUUUAACAAGAAGUGCGUGAUAAAUGGACUUUGCAAGGUAGCACCAAUCUGAGAAGUCUGUGGCAUCCGGCAUCAGUGGGUACAGCAUUGGUGGCAAAGGGGACGUGAAAUAUUGAAGAUGAGGAAAAGUUGCAUCGAAAACCGUAAAUACCUGAAUGUAGUUACUUAACUUUUAUCCUAGGGCUAAUGUGGUAUGUUUUGGGCUCAGUCCAUGGCUCGGUGUCAGAAAUGGAAAAGGCUUUUUCAUUGCAAUGUCUGGUUCCUCUUACCCGCCCUGUACCCUUUAAUGCCGUGUUAAGCAGGCACUCAUUGACUGUCUAUGCGCAGAGCACAAAUGCCUUUUGUAAAGAUGUUCUCACCCACUAAUGUGUGUCAGACUUGACUGCUUUCUUUGGGUCUGGAGUUCUAUUUUAAUGCAGUGAAGACACUGUUAUAUAAUGUUUAUAUAUAUAUUUUAAAAUUUGUGCCAAGAGAGGAGUAUAUUUAAUAAAAAAUUAACUGAC